AUGGGUUCAUCAUCCUCAAAGAGACACCCAUUGAUUGUCACACGAUGUUCGGUUCCACCGUACUGUCUUAAGAUGGCAGGGACCAGGCAUCUUAUAAUUGGAGGUGGCGGUGGAGCGUCAAGAACUGGUGUUAAAAACGAAAUUCAAGUACAGUUUUUUCUUCUUCCAAUUACUCAAAAAAUUCUGUUAGAAACUCACUUUCGCUUUCUUAAGCAAACGUUUUUGCUAUCAUUUGACCACGUUGGUAUUGAUUCCUGCCCAAGAACGUUACCUCUACCUUUAAAAGCAACAUUAACUAAUGCACUUACAACCGGUUCACACGCAACUAUGAAUAUGGAUAUUGUGAACAUUGGAGAUCCUGAACUAGGGGAAUACUUAAUCGCUGCUGGGCACGAUGAGUAUUGCACAUUUUAUUUGUCUAACGGGUUUUCUCUGUCCAAUGUAGAAGAUGGGAAAGACUUGGUGACUUUAAAGUUUGACGAGAUUUAUACGGUUGUUAGCAAUCAAAAUGAAGGCGGUUCUUAUCAAAAAACUGUGCGAUUCGACAGAACUAUAAUGGGCAAGCCAAGAUACGUUAUAACAGGAGGCUCGGAGGGAACACUUCGUGUUUGGAAGCUUGAUACCUCUUUAAAUAAGGAAAUGAAGCCAAGCGCUUUUUUGGAAAUUCCUGCACAUAAGGGUGUUAUUGAUGAAGUGGAUAUAGCCCCGGAUGGCCGUAUAUUUGUAUCAUUAGGUACGGACACCAAAGUAUACUUUUGGGAUAUUUCAAGUGGUAAGAGACUUGCGGAGUUACCGACCUUAUCGGAAUUGGGUAAAGAGUACAGAGUCAGGACUAUCCAGUUCACGAAACUUGGUUCUAUAAAUAUAAUAUUUGUUGCUGCUUACAAUCAAGUGCGACGUACCUCACGCUCUAAGAGCUACCUCAGUUUGUGGGCGUUCAAUCGGGAAAAACAAACUUGCAAUCCAAUAUUAGUGAGAAAAGCCUGCACAGAAUCUAUAUCUACUAUGGCAAUUAGUGAGUGUGGAGGUUUUACUGCUAUUGGAACUCUAAGCGGAAGUGUUGGGAUAUAUGACACACACGAAAUGAAGGCAUUGUAUUUUGCACGCGAAACUCAUGGGAUAUUUGUAACUGGCCUUGAGUUUUUGCCUAAAAAAGUGGCUGAUAUACGUACUGGGGAAAAGGAUGGAAGGAGAUGCUGUUUACCAGGUAUUGCUGCAGGAUAUAAGGUUGCUAUUUUGUCCUUAAGCGCAGAUCAGUCAGUUCAGUUUCAUGCUGUUCAUUAUAAGAAAUCAGCUUCUUCUUUGUUAUUUGCCAUCUUCUUUGUGUUAUAUGCACUUUGGUACUUCACGAGAGAUUGGAUUUUGAGUCGUAGAGGGUAUUGA